AAGAAAAUCAAGCUCUCUAACCGUUCAUUCAACACAUUUUAUUUACCCUUCAUUCUCUCCAAGAUCAUUCUGAACGUGCCACCCUUUUUGAACAUUUGAGUGAUUCUUAUUUCUUAAAGCUUGAAUCACCCAACACCCCCUCAAGCAACUAUGAUUCGCAUAGCAUCAAAGUUGUCAUCAAGAGCUUCUUCCACUGCUUUUGCUGCUUUCACAGCAAAAUCCUCUCCCAUUUCAUGCACUAGGCUUUCUCCUCUUGCUGCUUCAUCAUUUAGGUCUUUCAACAAUGGCUUAGAACUGGACAAAAACAUGGCAAACCCUGAUGCCAUUCAUAUGAUUAACUAUGCACUGAGACAAGCAAGGACUGACAUAUCAGUUGGGUCGUACGGUCUAGGUAUGUUGGUGUUGAAGCACUGCCUUACAACUGAGUUAACUGAGGGCAAAGACCCUCUAAAUGAGAAUUCAAAAGGAAUUGCUUUGCUUGCUUUGUCCACCUUGUUGUCUGAAAGAGGAGAUUAUGCUGAUGCAAUAGAGAAGCUCCUGAGUGUUCAAGAAUUGACCAAUUCUUACUUGGGUAUUAGAGUUGCUGCCUUUGAAGCUCAGGCUGGGCUUCAUCUGGAAUUGGGGCAGGAUGAUAUGGCUUCAGCAGUGGCUGAUAAAUGCGUUGAGUUCGUGGAGAAACAGGGAACAGGAGAUUUUGAGGCUCUAAAUAUUCGUGCUAAAGCACUAAAAGGGCUUAUUGAGCUUGUCAAUGGCAAUAUUAAGUCAGCUGAAGCUUUCUUUGACAAAUCUCUCCGUGACAAGCUAUGCGAUGGUACUGCUGCUCUAUCAUAUGCGGAAUUCCUACAAGCAAAGGGGAACUAUUCAAUGGCGAAAGAGAUUUACCAUAAUGUCAUACAAGGAGCUACUGAAAUAAAAAAUUGUGGCAAUCCAUACUUAGGAGCUGGUAACAUGAUCUUGGAGGGUUUAAUGAUGGGGGCCAUGUGUUCUUUAGGACAGCUUGAGUCACAUUUGGGUAACUUCCGUAAUGCAGAGGACUCUUUGACAAAGGCAUUAAAAAAGGCGGAGGAAACCUAUGGAGAGAAACAUCCAAAGGUGGGUGUUGUCUUAACAUGCAUGGCUCUUAUGUAUAGGCGUAAAGCAAUUGAGGAGCAAUCAAGUUCACUGUUGAUUCAAGAGGGUCUCUACAGAAGAGUGAUAGAAAUUUUGAAGGUUCCACCUGUGGAAACUGAGUCUGAAGCAGCUGCACCAUUGGUGGAUCGAAGUGAUAUAGCAGCUCUUGCCAGAGGUGCAUAUGCUGAAAUACUUAGUGUACAAGAAAAUAGAAAGGAUGAGGGAAAUAAGAUGAAGAACUUGGCUGAGGCUAUAUGGAGAAACCCCAGGAUUUCUCUGACUGAUGCUCUAGCAAAUUCAGAUACAAACAAAGCUUCAAUUAUAGAUGCUCGAAUCAGCAGGCUUCUUUAAAUUGAUCCAUCUUCUGCUUCCUUUCUUGCUGCUGCAGGUUCAGGUUGGAAUAUGAUAUAUGUAUGACAAGAAAAUGGACUCUAAUUUUGUGCAAAAUUAAUCCAUAAUGUUGCUUGUAGAUAACGUGUCAUGCCUGCAUAUACUACGAUAUCUUGAGCUUUCUAUAUAAACAACAUUAUCUAGACAUAUAAUGAAAGUUAGG